AUGGCUGAAAAGUAUAAGUGCGAGCGCAAAGCACACCUGAAGUAUCAAAUCAAGCUUCUGCGAGGUGAGCUAAAGUUUUCUCUUAUGUUUUUAUUUUAGAGAAGGUGGAGAAGAUUCCCGAGACUCCGAACGAAAUCUACGGAAAUCCAGCGUUCAGCGACUUCAGAAUCCAAGCUGGAGACGAGACCUUUUAUGUGGGUUGUAUAUAACUUAUUUUUAUUUUUAUUUUAGGUUACAAAAUACCAAUUGGCGUUGAAGUCGAAGGUGUUCAACAGAAUGUUCGUUUCCGGAAUGAAAGAGGUGGACGAAGGCGUUGUACAGAUUGAUGAUGAUCCUGAAGCGGUCGGAGCAAUGCUCAAGUUCCUCUAUUUGGGCAAAAGAGUGAAAGGCGUGGAAAUGGCGAAGAACGUUGUUCAACUCGCCGAUCGUUACGAAAUGACUGAACUCAAGGUGAAUAUGAUGUAAUCUUUGGGGAAUGUUUAAUUGGCCAGGAGCCUCAUAAGUUUAGAAAUAUUGUCUGAUCCGUUUAAAAGUGAAAUUUUAGCGAUAAUUGGAUCUUUUGAUCAUUUUUGAUAUUAUCCAUGAGGUCAUUUUUUAAAGUAAUGUUUCUUUUGAUUUUAAGUGAAAGUUUUGUACGGUUUAUGGAAAUUUAGAUGGGAUAGAGUGUUAACUAAAGUAUUUAUGGUAUGCUCCUUUGAAUGUUGGCAGAAAAUUAAAUCUUUUUCUGAUCUAUACUACCACUAACUAGGACCAAUGUGAACUGGAGCUUUUGGACAAUCUGACCGUAGCAGGUUCCCAAGAUGCUUUCAUAUUCGCCUCACAGUUCCAGUUGUCUCAUCUUUUCCUCAUGGCCACCGCUCUCCUCUACUACAACUUCAAAGGCUUCGGCAACGACAAACUCGAGGGUAGGUUGCCCUAA